AUGCGGAAAAAUACCUUGCUCGCCCGAGGUCGAGCUUCUUCCACUAUGGCACCGUUCGUCGUCGACGACGAAGUCAAACUUGAUGCUCUACUCGCUCUCAUUACAAAACGUGUGGGGGCAGAUCAGGACCAGCUGAUGUUCGUCGAUCUGGAGGGUGUCAACCUCGGCCGCUCAGGCACGAUUGCCAUUAUGCAGUUGCUGAUACCACCCAGCCCUGUCGUCUACCUGGUCGAUGUCUACCGGCUUGGAGCGAAAGCGUUCCGCCUCACCACGGCGGACGGGACUAGUCUUCAAACUGUGCUGGAGUCUCCCAACACCCUCAAAGUCUUCUUCGACAUUCGCAACGACUCGGACGCCCUCUAUGCCCACUUUGGCGUCAACGUCGCCGGCAUCAUCGACCUCCAGGUCAUCGAGUAUGCCACCAGGAACCCGAGAGGCCAGUACGUCAAUGGGCUGGCCAAGUGCAUUGAAAAGGACCUACCCCCCAUUCCCGGCUGGUCCCUCGCCAAAGCGAGCGGGCGGCGUCUCUUUGCACCCGAGGAAGGAGGGAAGUACGAGGUCUUCCUCGAAAGACCCUUGUCGGAUGAGAUCCUCAAGUACUGUGAGCAAGACGUGAUGCUCAUGCCUCAACUUCUGGCCGUGUAUGGCGGGAAGUUGCAAGCUGGUCCAGCCGCGCAACUCCAGGGAAUUGUCGACGAACGUAUUCGGCUGUCCAAGACCGACACGUUCAACGGCAAGGGUCGGCAUAUGGCGGUCGGACCACGUCUUGCAAAGACACGGUUUGGAAACACGUCGACGAGCCGCGAACUAGAGCUCGUCCGUUCGCCUCGACUUGUUCGUCUGUGUCGCAUCGACGACGACAGUUGCAUCGACGAUCUGAGCAGUCAGCUGGGCGCCGUGCAGGUCCACGCCGGAGAAGCAACGGCAUCCGUUGGCGCAGGGGACCCUCGAGCCCGAUGUCUGUGA